AAUAGAUUUUUACAGGGCUUUUGAUAUUUUGACGCCAACUUUUCCCUCGGUGGACGAAUAAAAAGCGGGUAAAUUUUGUACUGGAUUGGGUUUCUUUUCUUUUUUCUUUCAGUGAGUAAACUGGAUUUGCCCUUUUUCAUUUCUGUAAAUAAAUAAUUAGAGCAUAAGAUUUUGUAUAUAUAUAUAUAAUAUUUUUUUUUUGACUGGUUCCCUGGGAGAUUGCUUUUGUCCCAGGUCCGUUGAAGAUUGGAACUCUGGCUACCCUUCCAAAAAUGCAAAUAACUUUCUUUCUCUUUCUCUGUUUCUUUCAAUUGUUUUGGACUUCCUAUUCCUACCAAAAGCUAAUAGAAGCAUUCACCAAAGAAAUCACUUUACAACUCUGCGUUGCAGUAAUAUAUUCUUACUUUUCAAUCACUAUUAUCAACUAUCACAAAAAGUCGUUGUCUUGGACCCAACAAUCCAAACCCAGAGCCAUCAUUCUCUCUUAUCUCAAAAUUAUUCAAAAGACCCAGAUUGAUUUCCUUUUUCUUUCUCUGUUUCAAUGAUAUAGUAAUUCUGACAUAGAAGAAACAGACUAUUUGUGUGUUUGGUUUGUGGGUGUGCUUGUUGAUAUGCAAAGCUCUGGUAAUGUUGGUGGUGGAAGGAAGUGUUUUUGGGGGUUUAGAAGCUUGAUUCAGAGGAAGCAAGUUGAUUCAGUUCAUGUGAGGAGCGAGGGGCAUCAUCAGUUGGCUAGGAAAUUAUCUGUCACUGACCUCAUUGCCAUUGGAGUUGGAGCUACUAUAGGUGCCGGAGUAUAUGUUCUUGUUGGCACAGUUGCUAGAGAGCAUGCAGGACCUGCACUUACUAUUUCAUUUUUAAUUGCUGGGAUAGCUGCUGCACUCUCAGCAUUUUGUUAUGCGGAGCUUGCAUGUCGUUGCCCAUCUGCUGGAAGUGCCUAUCAUUAUUCCUACAUAUGCGUUGGAGAAGGUGUUGCUUGGUUGGUAGGUUGGGCUCUGAUUCUAGAAUAUACUAUUGGUGGUGCAGCUGUUGCUCGUGGCAUAACCCCAAAUAUGGCCUUGUUUUUUGGAGGUGUGGAUAAGUUGCCUGCAAUCUUGGCCCCUCAUACCAUCCCUGUGUUUGGUAUUGUGGUUGAUCCAUGUGCAGCGGUAUUAGUUCUUAUCGUCACUUUUCUCUUGUGCACAGGGAUAAAGGAGAGUUCAUUGGUACAAAUGAUUGUUACGUCAGUAAACGUGUCUGUCAUGCUUUUCAUCAUGAUAGCCGGUGGAUAUUUGGGUUUCAAAACUGGAUGGGUUGGAUAUGAACUUCCCAGCGGGUACUUUCCCUUUGGAAUAAAUGGGAUGUUUGCUGGGUCUGCUGUGGUCUUCUUUUCAUAUAUUGGUUUUGAUUCAGUUACCAGCACAGUUGAGGAGGUGAAGAAUCCUCAACGAGAUUUGCCCCUCGGUAUUGGAAUAGCAUUGUUUAUAUGUUGCAUCUUGUAUAUGUUUGUAUCUUUUGUUAUUACGGGCUUAGUACCGUACUAUGCCUUAGAUCCAGACACUCCCAUCUCAUCAGUAUUUGCAAGCUAUGGGCUACAAUGGGCAGUGUAUAUUAUAACAACUGGAGCAGUUACUGCUCUCUUUGCAAGUUUGUUGGGUUCACUUCUUGCCCAGCCACGGAUACUGAUGGCAAUGGCUAGAGAUGGAUUGUUGCCAUCAUUUUUUUCAGACAUCAAUAAAAACACCCAAGUUCCUGUGAAGAGCACGGUUACAACUGGUAUCUUUGCAGCAGUUCUGGCAUUCUUUAUGGAUGUUUCACAAUUGGCGGGGAUGGUUAGUGUUGGUACACUAUUUGCAUUUACAACUGCUGCAGUUUCAGUUUUGAUACUCAGAUAUGUUCCACCAGAUGAGGUGCCACUUUCAUCAUCACUUCAAGAGUCUAUUAAGUCAGAAUCAUUGCGGUUUGGUCCUAAUAUUCAGGAAACUGACAGCAAAAUCCUUCAAAAUCCUUCUGGUUCAUCUGAGAAUAAUAGUCGGUAUUUACAAGAAAUUGGGGAGGCAUCACUUGGCUAUCCUCUGAUUCAGAAAAGCAUACCACGAGAGAAUCAAAAUGAACAAACAAGACGGAAAAUUGCUGCAUGGACCAUAACUUUUCUCUGUAUAGGGGUCUUUAUCUUUGCAUUUGCAGCUUCAGCUCAAGGCCUUUCCAGCAUUCUUCGCUUCACUGUGUGUGGAGUAUGUGGAGCUCUCCUGCUGUGCUGCUUAAUUGUGCUGACCUGUAUAGAUCAAGAUGAUGGAAGGCACAGCUUUGGACACACUGGAGGUUUCACUUGUCCAUUUGUUCCAUUCUUACCUGCUGCUUGUAUUCUCAUAAAUACCUACUUGCUAAUUGAUCUUGGAGCUGCCACAUGGAUCCGCGUCUCUAUAUGGUUUGCCAUAGGAGCAGUGGUAUACUUGUUUUACGGCCGGAGCCAUAGUUCACUUUUCAAUGCAGUUUAUGUACCCUCCGCUUAUGCUGAUGAGAUGUAUCGUUCCUCAUCAGACUAACCAUCCUAGUCUUUAUGCAGGACAAGAACCACACUCACCCCAAGUCAGGUGACAAAUGUGUUUUAUCACUUUUCAAGUUUUAUCAUGUAAAUUUUUUAAAUGGAACUUCCGAACAGAAUCGUUGAUCUCAUUGUAAAAUAAUCUUAGGUGGUUCGGGAAGUGUUGUGGAAAAACAUGUAAAUAGUUUAAUUUAAUUAAUGUAUCUCAGUCUGUUCUGAAUUCACGGUAGGUAGGUCUUGAAUGAAAGGAUAAAAUUCAGAGAAAACCAAGCUCUGUUUUCUUCAA